AUGGCAUCCUCGUUCCGCCGCAGGCGCAUCGUCUGGGCUAUCAUCCUGCUCACCGCUGGCGUGUUCUUCUACGUAAGCACCUCAGGCAACGCCUCCUUCCUCUCCCUCCCCGCGUCUCUCAAAGACAUUGGCUUCUCCCCGUCGUCCUCGCGCGCCGGACAGGUCGCGCUCGCGAAGCUCAAGGACAUCGCCGGCAAGAAGCAGGUCCCUGAGAUCCAGGGCCUCCUCUACUUCGUCUCGCAGCACCCGGACCGCACACUCAACGAGAAUGAGGGCGAGAUUGAGGUGGAGGGGAAAGGGCUCGUGAAGGUGGACCCCGAGACGGCGAUCGACCUCGACGUCUAUGCUCCGGACGGACACCGCAAUUGGGACGCGCAUUUGAAAGUGCUGAAGGAGGACUACCCCGUUAUCGUGUUCAGCAAGACGUUCUGCCCCUACUCGCAGCGUGCCAAAGCACUUCUGCAGACGUAUGAACUAGACCCACCGCCAUUCAUCGUGGAGCUCAAUACCCGGAGAGACGGGCCCAUGAUCCAAAACAUCUUGAAAAGGUUGACUGGGCGGCGUACUGUGCCAAAUGUCCUCGUUCACGGUCAAUCACUGGGUGGCUCCGAUGAUAUCCAGGCGCUACACGACCAGCAUAAACUGAAGGGUAUUCUCGAGGAUGCUGGACUGGAGGUCAAUGGGUUGUGGGCGGGUCUGCAGGUCCAUGAGGAAUAG